AUGGGUAUCACUAUAAGGCAAGCUACCAUCAGGGAUAUACAGGCCAUGCAAAAUGCCAAUUUACAGAAUUUACCUGAAAAUUAUUUAUUAAAAUAUUAUAUGUAUCAUAUUUUAUCAUGGCCUCAAGCAAGUUUCGUAGCUACUACUUAUGAUUAUAGCGAAGAUGUGGAUGACGACGAAGAAGAUGAUGAAGCGAAUGGUGAAGUUGAACAAGGUGCUGAGGAUGAAAAUAAAAAACCAAAGGUUCAUGAUAGAAUAAUAGAGGAAGUUCAAGAUCCAAAGGGUGAUCCAGCAUAUAUAGCGAAAGGAGAGAAGAUUAUUGGAUAUGUGUUAGGUAAGAUGGAAGAUGAUCCUGAAGCUGCUGAUAAAACUCCUCAUGGUCAUAUCACCUCAUUAUCAGUGAUGAGAACUUAUAGAAGAAUGGGAUUAGCUGAAAAAUUAAUGAGACAAUCAUUAUAUUCAAUGACAGAAUCUUUUAAAGCAGAAUAUGUUUCAUUAAAUGUUAGAAAAUCAAAUAGAGCUGCCUUACAUUUAUAUAGAGAUUCAUUAAAUUUUGAAGUUACUUCGAUUGAAAAAUCUUAUUAUCAAGAUGGUGAAGAUGCUUAUGCUAUGAAAUUAUUGUUAAAAUUAGAUGAAUUAGUACCUACUAAAGCACAAAAGGGAGAAAUUGAUGAUUUUACUUCUGAUUUAUUAGCCUAA